AUGGGAAUUAAAGAUCUCUCGAAAGUGAUCGGUGAUCAUUCACCAACAAGCGUUAAGCUGAACGAGAUCAAGAACUAUUUUGGUCGAAUCGUCGCGAUCGAUGCUUCAAUGUGUCUGUAUCAGUUCUUAAUUGCCGUUCGUCAAGGUGGUAAUCAAUUGCAAGAUGAAUCCGGUGAAACAACAAGUCAUUUGAUGGGAAUGUUCUAUCGAACAGUUCGAAUGAUCACCAAUGGUAUCAAACCAGUUUACGUGUUCGAUGGUAAGCCACCCGAAAUGAAGUCUGAAGAACUGGUGAAACGAGCGGAACGUAGAGCCGAAGCAGAAAAACAACUGGCAGAUGCCAAAGAAAAGGGUGAUACGAUUGCGGUGGAGAAAUUCGACCGGAGACUUGUUAAGGUGACAAAAGAGCAAAACGAAGAGUCGAAGAAGUUGCUCAGAUUGAUGGGUGUUCCGGUGGUAGAAGCCCCUUGUGAAGCAGAGGCACAGUGCGCAGCUCUGGUUCGAUCCGGAAAAGUUUUCGCGACAGCCACCGAAGAUAUGGAUGCAUUAGCGUUUGGCACCAAAAUUCUACUCAGACAACUGACCGCAAGUGAAAUGAAGAAGUUACCAGUCAAGGAAAUAAAUUUGGACCAAGUUUUGAAGGAUUUUGAAAUGGAUAUGCCACAAUUCGUGGAUUUAUGCAUUCUUCUUGGUUGUGAUUACACGAAAACGAUUCGUGGUAUCGGGCCGAAAAAGGCGUUCGAAUUAAUCCAAAAACACAAAACAAUUGAAAAUGUACUCGAGAAUAUCGACACUGAGAAAUACCCAGUUCCUGAGAACUGGCAAUACGAAGAAGCUCGCAGGCUCUUCAUAAAACCAGAAGUUGAUUCAUGCGAAAACUUGACGCUGCAGUGGGGUAAACCUGACAUUGAUGCGAUCGUUCAGUAUUUAUGUGGCGAGAAAAAUUUCAGUGAGGAAAGAAUAAAAAGCAGUUUACAAAGAAUGGAAAAAGGUCGACAGUCAGGACAACAAGGUCGAAUCGAUUCAUUCUUCAAGGUGCAGUCAACCGUUCGCACCGAACCGACCGCAGCGAAACGGAAGGCAACAGAUACGAAAGAAAAGCAAAAAGAGACUAAAAAAAGGGGCUCAAAUCUCGCUAAGAAACUCAAAAAGUGA